GGCAAAGUUUGUGGUCUUUGUGGUAAUUACGAUGGAAAUUUUGUCAAUGACUAUACAACCAGAAGCUUGGCUGUGGUCGGAAAUGUUAUGGAAUUUGGUAACAACUGGAAAAUGUCUCCCAGCUGCCUAGAUGCUGUAGACUUGGGAGACUCCUGUUCUUUAAAUCCCUACAGGAAGGCAUGGUCUCAGAAGCAGUGUAGUGUCAUCACCAGUGACACUUUCUCAAACUGUCACUCACUCGUUAACCCGCUCAAGUAUUAUGAUGCUUGUGUCAGCGAUUCUUGUGCCUGUGAUACCGGUGGAGAUUGUGAGUGUUUCUGUACAGCAGUAGCCGCUUAUGCCCAAGCUUGUAGUGAAGCUGGUGUGUGUGUUCGCUGGAGAACUCCAACAAUGUGCCCUAUUUUCUGUGAUUAUUACAAUCGUGAAGGACACUGCGAGUGGCAUUACAAAGCAUGUGGUGCCCCCUGCAUGAAGACCUGUAGGAACCCAAGUGGAACUUGUUACCACAACUUACCAGGCCUGGAAGGAUGCUACCCCAACUGUCCACCUGAAUCACCAUAUUUUGAUGAGGACAAAAUGGAAUGUGUAGAAUCAUGUCCUUGCUAUUCACUCAAUGGAACAGAGUAUUAUAUUGGUCAGGAGAUGCCUCCAGAGGAUAAUAACAACAUCUGCACAACUUGCAAGUGUACUCUAAAAGGCAGAAAAUGUACUUAUGAAGAAUGUUGUGUGUAUGAAGGAAAGAUAUACAGGACACCAGACCUCAUUUACAAUACAACUGAUGGCAUGGGGGGAUGCAUUGUAGCAUACUGUAUUAAGGGAGUGAUCGAAGGAAACAACACAGCUUGCAGUUCACCUACAACUACACCUACAACUGUUUUCAGCUUUUCUACUACAACUCCUAUAACAACACCAACAACGGGAACACCAACAACUGAAACAUCAAAAACACCACCAACAUCAACACCAACAACUGGAACAUCAAAAACACCAACAACAGGAACAAAAACAACACCAACAACUGGAACAACAACAGCGCCAACAACUGGAACAACAAAAACACCAACAACAGUAACACCAACAACUGGAACAUCAAAAACACCAACAACAGGACCAACAACUGAAACACCAAAAACACCGACUACCACCACUACCACUGUCAGCAGCACUAUUAAAGUAUGUUCUGUAACUCCAGAGGAUGCAGGAUGCACUUGGUCAAGAUGGUUUGACGUAAGUUACCCUUCUUACGGCAAGGACAAUGGAGAUUUCGAAACCUUAGGAGACAUAAGGAAAGCAGGAUUUGAAAUUUGUGAUGCACCUCAAAAUGUUGAAUGCAGAGCAAAGUUUUUCCCUGAAAAUGCAAUAGAAGACCUACAUCAAAUAGUGACAUGUAGCAAAUAUGUGGGUCUGAUUUGUAUUAACAGCCAACAACCACAGAGAAUUUGUUACAAUUACGAAAUCAGAGUGCAAUGUUGUUCCCCAAUAGCAGAUUGCACGAAACAAGUAACAUCAUCAACUGUUAAAACAACAGGUAUAUCUAGUUCAACCGCAUCAACUUCAAAAUCUACCAUAACUAAAACACCAUAUUCAUCUGUUUCUGUUACUCCGACAUUGACAAGUGAAACGAAAACAACCUCUAGCACAAGCACAUCAUCCUCAAAAACUACCAUAAGUACAACAAACCGUUCUACCUCUGUUUUUACCGUAUCCACAACUGGAACAUUAACAACUAGUUCAAUCAAACCAUCUUCAACAAUAACAACAACACCAUACUCAGUUAUCUCUACUACAUCAACAUCUACGAGCAGAACAUCCACAGGUACAACAAAAUUCACUUCAUCUGAAACAUCAACCAAGACAACGCCAACAUCUACUUCUGUUUCUACAAGUAAGAGUACAAGUGGAACAACAGUUUCAUCAACACCGCCUACUCAUUUAUCAACCAGUGUUUCAACUACUUCUUCAACAACUUGUCCAUACGCAUAUUCCAUGAAAUGCUAUUGGUCAUCAUUCAUGGAAGGUAACGAUACACCAACAAAGUCUGUUAAAGAAGGAGAAAGUUUAUCAGGAAGUGAUUCCAGUGAAGAGCCUCGUCAACCCUCUAAGGGCUCCCCCAAUAAAAAAGAUAGCAGCUCUGCAAAGGGUUCUAAGGAAAAAGUUACACCUCCCAAUAAAGGAUACUUCAAUGAAGUGCUGAAAAAGCUUUUCAAGGGCUCCUCAAGUGAAGAAGACCAAAGCCGUAACUUAGGAAGAAAAGAUUCCAAACAGAAUGACAGCAAGCCCAGUAAAGGAUAUUUCAAUGAAUUCAUCAAAAGAAUUUUCAAAAGUUCUUCAAGCGAAGAAAACCAAAACGGCAACUCUGGAAGAAGUGAUUCUCAAGAAAAAGUCAGCAAAACAGAUAAAGGAUUCUUAAAUGAAAUAAUCAACAAGGUUUUUAAAGACUUUUCAAGCGAGGAAGCCGAUUUACCCACAAUCUUCCAGUCUGGUAAAGAUGUCGAUAGCUCAGAGCUACUAAAGGUCGUUGGUUAUGGAAUAUGUUCAACACAGCAAAUGGCCAGUGAAAUUGAGUGUAACGUAAGAUCAGACUUGAGCAUCAAGAAGAAAAAUUCUGUAUUACAGUGUAACAGGGACACUGCUAUUGCUUGCCUACUGGCCAGACAGGAAGGAAUCGAUGCACCAGUAUGUGACUAUUAUAGUAUAAGGGUACUAUGCUGUUCUAAAGUCUGUGGUGAAACAACAGCACUUACCGAAUCUACAAGUGAAACACCAACCACCUCUAUCUCAACUAAAACAUCUACACCACCAUAUUAUCAUUCUACAACUAUAAGUGAGAAAACAACCAGCCCCAUUUCAACUAUAAGCACAACCAAGACAACCCCAACAUCAACCUCUCAUUCUACUACACCAACAAGCCAAACCACAACCACUUCACCAUCAACCUCAAUAAGGUCAACCCCCACAUCUACCUCUGUUUCUACACCAACCACCUCUAUCUCAACUAAAACAUCUACACCACCAUAUUAUGAUUCUACAACUACAAGUGAGAGAACAACCAGCCCCAUUUCAACUAUAAGCACAACCAAGACAACCCCAAUAUCAACCUCUUAUUCUACUACAACAACAAGCAAAACCACAACUACUUCACCAUCAACCUCAACGAGGUCAACCCCCACAUCUACCCCCUUUUCUACAAGUAGGAGUACAAGUGGAAUGACAGUUUCAUCAACACCGCCCACUCAUUCAUCAACCAGUGUUUCAACUACUUCUUCAACAACUUGUCCAUACGCAUAUUCCAUGAAAUGCUAUUGGUCAUCAUUUAUGGAAGGUAACGAUACACCAACAAAGUCUGUUAAAGAAGGAGAAAGUUUAUCAGGAAGUGAUUCCAGUGAAGAGCCUCGUCAACCCUCUAAGGGCUCCCCCAAUAAAAAAGAUAGCAGCUCUGCAAAGGGUUCUAAGGAAAAAGUUACACCUCCCAAUAAAGGAUACUUCAAUGAAGUGCUGAAAAAGCUUUUCAAGGGCUCCUCAAGUGAAGAAGACCAAAGCCGUAACUCAGGAAGAAAAGAUUCUAAACAGAAUGACAGCAAGCCCAGUAAAGGAUAUUUCAAUGAAUUCAUCAAAAGAAUUUUCAAAAGUUCUUCAAGCGAAGAAAACCAAAACGGUAACUCUGGAAGAAGUGAUUCUCAAGAAAAAGUCAGCAAAACAGAUAAAGGAUUCUUAAAUGAAAUAAUCAACAAGGUUUUUAAAGACUUUUCAAGCGAGGAAGCCGAUUUACCCACAAUCUUCCAGUCUGGUAAAGAUGUUGAUAGCUCAGAGCUACUAAAGGUCGUUGGUUAUGGAAUAUGUUCAACACAGCAAAUGGCCAGUGAAAUUGAGUGUAACGUAAGAUCAGACUUGAGCAUCAAGAAGAAAAAUUCAGUAUCACAGUGUAACAGGGACACUGCUAUUGCUUGCCUACUGGCCAGACAGGAAGGAAUCGAUGCACCAGUAUGUGACUAUUAUAGUAUUAGGGUACUAUGCUGUUCUAAAGUCUGUGGUGAAACAACAGCACUUACCGAAUCUACAAGUGAAACACCAACCACCUCUAUCUCAACUAAAACAUCUACAUCACCAUAUUAUCAUUCUACAACUAUAAGUGAGAAAACAACCAGCCCCAUUUCAACUAUAAGCACAACCAAGACAACCCCAACAUCAACCUCUCAUUCUACUACACCAACAAGCCAAACCACAACCACUUCACCAUCAACCUCAAUAAGGUCAACCCCCACAUCUACCUCUGUUUCUACACCAACCACCUCUAUCUCAACUAAAACAUCUACACCACCAUAUUAUGAUUCUACAACUACAAGUGAGAGAACAACCAGCCCCAUUUCAACUAUAAGCACAACCAAGACAACCCCAAUAUCAACCUCUUAUUCUACUACAACAACAAGCAAAACCACAACUACUUCACCAUCAACCUCAACGAGGUCAACCCCCACAUCUACCCCUGUUUCUACAAGUAGGAGUACAAGUGGAACGACAGUUUCAUCAACACCGCCCACUCAUUCAUCAACCAGUGUUUCAACUACUUCUUCAACAACUUGUCCAUACGCAUAUUCCAUGAAAUGCUAUUGGUCAUCAUUUAUGGAAGGUAACGAUACACCAACAAAGUCUGUUAAAGAAGGAGAAAGUUUAUCAGGAAGUGAUUCCAGUGAAGAGCCUCGUCAACCCUCUAAGGGCUCCGCCAAUAAAAAAGAUAGCAGCUCUGCAAAGGGUUCUAAGGAAAAAGUUACACCUCCCAAUAAAGGAUACUUCAAUGAAGUGCUGAAAAAGCUUUUCAAGGGCUCCUCAAGUGAAGAAGACCAAAGCCGUAACUCAGGAAGAAAAGAUUCUAAACAGAAUGACAGCAAGCCCAGUAAAGGAUAUUUCAAUGAAUUCAUCAAAAGAAUUUUCAAAAGUUCUUCAAGCGAAGAAAACCAAAACGGUAACUCUGGAAGAAGUGAUUCUCAAGAAAAAGUCAGCAAAACAGAUAAAGGAUUCUUAAAUGAAAUAAUCAACAAGGUUUUUAAAGACUUUUCAAGCGAGGAAGCCGAUUUACCCACAAUCUUCCAGUCUGGUAAAGAUGUUGAUAGCUCAGAGCUACUAAAGGUCGUUGGUUAUGGAAUAUGUUCAACACAGCAAAUGGCCAGUGAAAUUGAGUGUAACGUAAGAUCAGACUUGAGCAUCAAGAAGAAAAAUUCAGUAUCACAGUGUAGCAGGGACACUGCUAUUGCUUGCCUACUGGCCAGACAGGAAGGAAUCGAUGCACCAGUAUGUGACUAUUAUAGUAUUAGGGUACUAUGCUGUUCUAAAGUCUGUGGUGAAACAACAGCACUUACCGAAUCUACAAGUGAAACACCAACCACCUCUAUCUCAACUAAAACAUCUACAUCACCAUAUUAUCAUUCUACAACUAUAAGUGAGAAAACAACCAGCCCCAUUUCAACUAUAAGCACAACCAAGACAACCCCAACAUCAACCUCUCAUUCUACUACACCAACAAGCCAAACCACAACCACUUCACCAUCAACCUCAAUAAGGUCAACCCCCACAUCUACCUCUGUUUCUACACCAACCACCUCUAUCUCAACUAAAACAUCUACACCACCAUAUUAUGAUUCUACAACUACAAGUGAGAGAACAACCAGCCCCAUUUCAACUAUAAGCACAACCAAGACAACCCCAAUAUCAACCUCUUAUUCUACUACAACAACAAGCAAAACCACAACUACUUCACCAUCAACCUCAACGAGGUCAACCCCCACAUCUACCCCUGUUUCUACAAGUAGGAGUACAAGUGGAACGACAGUUUCAUCAACACCGCCCACUCAUUCAUCAACCAGUGUUUCAACUACUUCUUCAACAACUUGUCCAUACGCAUAUUCCAUGAAAUGCUAUUGGUCAUCAUUUAUGGAAGGUAACGAUACACCAACAAAGUCUGUUAAAGAAGGAGAAAGUUUAUCAGGUAGUGAUUCCAGUGAAGAGCCGCGUCAACCCUCUAAGGGCUCCCCCAAUAAAAAAGAUAGCAGCUCUGCAAAGGGUUCUAAGGAAAAAGUUACACCUCCCAAUAAAGGAUACUUCAAUGAAGUGCUGAAAAAGCUUUUCAAGGGCUCCUCAAGUGAAGAAGACCAAAGCCGUAACUCAGGAAGAAAAGAUUCUAAACAGAAUGACAGCAAGCCCAGUAAAGGAUAUUUCAAUGAAUUCAUCAAAAGAAUUUUUAAAAGUUCUUCAAGCGAAGAAAACCAAAACGGCAACUCUGGAAGAAGUGAUUCUCAAGAAAAAGUCAGCAAAACAGAUAAAGGAUUCUUAAAUGAAAUAAUCAACAAGGUUUUUAAAGACUUUUCAAGCGAGGAAGCCGAUUUACCCACAAUCUUCCAGUCUGGUAAAGAUGUCGAUAGCUCAGAGCUACUAAAGGUCGUUGGUUAUGGAAUAUGUUCAACACAGCAAAUGGCCAGUGAAAUUGAGUGUAACGUAAGAUCAGACUUGAGCAUCAAGAAUAAAAAUUCAGUAUCACAGUGUAACAGGGACACUGCUAUUGCUUGCCUACUGGCCAGACAGGAAGGAAUUGAUGCACCAGUAUGUGACUAUUAUAGUAUUAGGGUACUAUGCUGUUCUAAAGUCUGUGGUGAAACAAGAGUUUAUACCGAAUCUACAAGUGAAACACCAACCACCUCUAUCUCAACUAAAACAUCUACACCACCAUAUUAUCAUUCUACAACUAUAAGUGAGAAAACAACCAGCCCCAUUUCAACUAUAAGCACAACCAAGACAACCCCAACAUCAACCUCUCAUUCUACUACACCAACAAGCCAAACCACAACCACUUCACCAUCAACCUCAAUAAGGUCAACCCCCACAUCUACCUCUGUUUCUACACCAACCACCUCUAUCUCAACUAAAACAUCUACACCACCAUAUUAUGAUUCUACAACUACAAGUGAGAGAACAACCAGCCCCAUUUCAACUAUAAGCACAACCAAGACAACCCCAAUAUCAACCUCUUAUUCUACUACACCAACAAGCCAAACCACAACCACUUCACCAUCAACCUCAAUAAGGUCAACCCCCACAUCUACCUCUGUUUCUACACCAACCACCUCUAUCUCAACUAAAACAUCUACACCACCAUAUUAUGAUUCUACAACUACAAGUGAGAGAACAACCAGCCCCAUUUCAACUAUAAGCACAACCAAGACAACCCCAAUAUCAACCUCUUAUUCUACUACAACAACAAGCAAAACCACAACUACUUCACCAUCAACCUCAACGAGGUCAACCCCCACAUCUACCCCUGUUUCUACAAGUAGGAGUACAAGUGGAACGACAGUUUCAUCAACACCGCCCACUCAUUCAUCAACCAGUGUUUCAACUACUUCUUCAACAACUUGUCCAUACGCAUAUUCCAUGAAAUGCUAUUGGUCAUCAUUUAUGGAAGGUAACGAUACACCAACAAAGUCUGUUAAAGAAGGAGAAAGUUUAUCAGGAAGUGAUUCCAGUGAAGAGCCUCGUCAACCCUCUAAGGGCUCCCCCAAUAAAAAAGAUAGCACCUCUGCAAAGGGUUCUAAGGAAAAAGUUACACCUCCCAAUAAAGGAUACUUCUAUGAAGUGCUGAAAAAGCUUUUCAAGGGCUCCUCAAGUGAAGAAGACCAUAGCCGUAACUCAGGAAGAAAAGAUUCUAAACAGAAUGACAGCAAGCCCAGUAAAGGAUAUUUCAAUGAAUUCAUCAAAAGAAUUUUCAAAAGUUCUUCAAGCGAAGAAAACCAAAACGGUAACUCUGGAAGAAGUGAUUCUCAAGAAAAAGUCAGCAAAACAGAUAAAGGAUUCUUAAAUGAAAUAAUAAACAAGGUUUUUAAAGACUUUUCAAGCGAGGAAGCCGAUUUACCCACAAUCUUCCAGUCUGGUAAAGAUGUUGAUAGCUCAGAGCUACUAAAGGUCGUUGGUUAUGGAAUAUGUUCAACACAGCAAAUGGCCAGUGAAAUUGAGUGUAACGUAAGAUCAGACUUGAGCAUCAAGAAGAAAAAUUCAGUAUCACAGUGUAACAGGGACACUGCUAUUGCUUGCCUACUGGCCAGACAGGAAGGAAUCGAUGCACCAGUAUGUGACUAUUAUAGUAUAAGGGUACUAUGCUGUUCUAAAGUCUGUGGUGAAACAACAGCACUUACCGAAUCUACAAGUGAAACACCAACCACCUCUAUCUCAACUAAAACAUCUACAUCACCAUAUUAUCAUUCUACAACUAUAAGUGAGAAAACAACCAGCCCCAUUUCAACUAUAAGCACAACCAAGACAACCCCAACAUCAACCUCUCAUUCUACUACACCAACAAGCCAAACCACAACCACUUCACCAUCAACCUCAAUAAGGUCAACCCCCACAUCUACCUCUGUUUCUACACCAACCACCUCUAUCUCAACUAAAACAUCUACACCACCAUAUUAUGAUUCUACAACUACAAGUGAGAGAACAACCAGCCCCAUUUCAACUAUAAGCACAACCAAGACAACCCCAAUAUCAACCUCUUAUUCUACUACAACAACAAGCAAAACCACAACUACUUCACCAUCAACCUCAACGAGGUCAACCCCCACAUCUACCCCUGUUUCUACAAGUAGGAGUACAAGUGGAACGACAGUUUCAUCAACACCGCCCACUCAUUCAUCAACCAGUGUUUCAACUACUUCUUCAACAACUUGUCCAUACGCAUAUUCCAUGAAAUGCUAUUGGUCAUCAUUUAUGGAAGGUAACGAUACACCAACAAAGUCUGUUAAAGAAGGAGAAAGUUUAUCAGGUAGUGAUUCCAGUGAAGAGCCGCGUCAACCCUCUAAGGGCUCCCCCAAUAAAAAAGAUAGCAGCUCUGCAAAGGGUUCUAAGGAAAAAGUUACACCUCCCAAUAAAGGAUACUUCAAUGAAGUGCUGAAAAAGCUUUUCAAGGGCUCCUCAAGUGAAGAAGACCAAAGCCGUAACUCAGGAAGAAAAGAUUCUAAACAGAAUGACAGCAAGCCCAGUAAAGGAUAUUUCAAUGAAUUCAUCAAAAGAAUUUUUAAAAGUUCUUCAAGCGAAGAAAACCAAAACGGCAACUCUGGAAGAAGUGAUUCUCAAGAAAAAGUCAGCAAAACAGAUAAAGGAUUCUUAAAUGAAAUAAUCAACAAGGUUUUUAAAGACUUUUCAAGCGAGGAAGCCGAUUUACCCACAAUCUUCCAGUCUGGUAAAGAUGUCGAUAGCUCAGAGCUACUAAAGGUCGUUGGUUAUGGAAUAUGUUCAACACAGCAAAUGGCCAGUGAAAUUGAGUGUAACGUAAGAUCAGACUUGAGCAUCAAGAAUAAAAAUUCAGUAUCACAGUGUAACAGGGACACUGCUAUUGCUUGCCUACUGGCCAGACAGGAAGGAAUUGAUGCACCAGUAUGUGACUAUUAUAGUAUUAGGGUACUAUGCUGUUCUAAAGUCUGUGGUGAAACAAGAGUUUAUACCGAAUCUACAAGUGAAACACCAACCACCUCUAUCUCAACUAAAACAUCUACACCACCAUAUUAUCAUUCUACAACUAUAAGUGAGAAAACAACCAGCCCCAUUUCAACUAUAAGCACAACCAAGACAACCCCAACAUCAACCUCUCAUUCUACUACACCAACAAGCCAAACCACAACCACUUCACCAUCAACCUCAAUAAGGUCAACCCCCACAUCUACCUCUGUUUCUACACCAACCACCUCUAUCUCAACUAAAACAUCUACACCACCAUAUUAUGAUUCUACAACUACAAGUGAGAGAACAACCAGCCCCAUUUCAACUAUAAGCACAACCAAGACAACCCCAAUAUCAACCUCUUAUUCUACUACACCAACAAGCCAAACCACAACCACUUCACCAUCAACCUCAAUAAGGUCAACCCCCACAUCUACCUCUGUUUCUACACCAACCACCUCUAUCUCAACUAAAACAUCUACACCACCAUAUUAUGAUUCUACAACUACAAGUGAGAGAACAACCAGCCCCAUUUCAACUAUAAGCACAACCAAGACAACCCCAAUAUCAACCUCUUAUUCUACUACAACAACAAGCAAAACCACAACUACUUCACCAUCAACCUCAACGAGGUCAACCCCCACAUCUACCCCUGUUUCUACAAGUAGGAGUACAAGUGGAACGACAGUUUCAUCAACACCGCCCACUCAUUCAUCAACCAGUGUUUCAACUACUUCUUCAACAACUUGUCCAUACGCAUAUUCCAUGAAAUGCUAUUGGUCAUCAUUUAUGGAAGGUAACGAUACACCAACAAAGUCUGUUAAAGAAGGAGAAAGUUUAUCAGGAAGUGAUUCCAGUGAAGAGCCUCGUCAACCCUCUAAGGGCUCCCCCAAUAAAAAAGAUAGCACCUCUGCAAAGGGUUCUAAGGAAAAAGUUACACCUCCCAAUAAAGGAUACUUCUAUGAAGUGCUGAAAAAGCUUUUCAAGGGCUCCUCAAGUGAAGAAGACCAUAGCCGUAACUCAGGAAGAAAAGAUUCUAAACAGAAUGACAGCAAGCCCAGUAAAGGAUAUUUCAAUGAAUUCAUCAAAAGAAUUUUCAAAAGUUCUUCAAGCGAAGAAAACCAAAACGGUAACUCUGGAAGAAGUGAUUCUCAAGAAAAAGUCAGCAAAACAGAUAAAGGAUUCUUAAAUGAAAUAAUAAACAAGGUUUUUAAAGACUUUUCAAGCGAGGAAGCCGAUUUACCCACAAUCUUCCAGUCUGGUAAAGAUGUUGAUAGCUCAGAGCUACUAAAGGUCGUUGGUUAUGGAAUAUGUUCAACACAGCAAAUGGCCAGUGAAAUUGAGUGUAACGUAAGAUCAGACUUGAGCAUCAAGAAGAAAAAUUCAGUAUCACAGUGUAACAGGGACACUGCUAUUGCUUGCCUACUGGCCAGACAGGAAGGAAUCGAUGCACCAGUAUGUGACUAUUAUAGUAUAAGGGUACUAUGCUGUUCUAAAGUCUGUGGUGAAACAACAGCACUUACCGAAUCUACAAGUGAAACACCAACCACCUCUAUCUCAACUAAAACAUCUACAUCACCAUAUUAUCAUUCUACAACUAUAAGUGAGAAAACAACCAGCCCCAUUUCAACUAUAAGCACAACCAAGACAACCCCAACAUCAACCUCUCAUUCUACUACACCAACAAGCCAAACCACAACCACUUCACCAUCAACCUCAAUAAGGUCAACCCCCACAUCUACCUCUGUUUCUACACCAACCACCUCUAUCUCAACUAAAACAUCUACACCACCAUAUUAUGAUUCUACAACUUCAAGUGAGAGAACAACCAGCCCCAUUUCAACUAUAAGCACAACCAAGACAACCCCAAUAUCAACCUCUUAUUCUACUACAACAACAAGCAAAACCACAACUACUUCACCAUCAACCUCAACGAGGUCAACCCCCACAUCUACCCCUGUUUCUACAAGUAGGAGUACAAGUGGAACGACAGUUUCAUCAACACCGCCCACUCAUUCAUCAACCAGUGUUUCAACUACUUCUUCAACAACUUGUCCAUACACAUAUUCCAUGAAAUGCUAUUGGUCAUCAUUUAUGGAAGGUAACGAUACACCAACAAAGUCUGUUAAAGAAGGAGAAAGUUUAUCAGGAAGUGAUUCCAGUGAAGAGCCUCGUCAACCCUCUAAGGGCUCCCCCAAUAAAAAAGAUAGCAGCUCUGCAAAGGGUUCUAAGGAAAAAGUUACACCUCCCAAUAAAGGAUACUUCAAUGAAGUGCUGAAAAAGCUUUUCAAGGGCUCCUCAAGUGAAGAAGACCAAAGCCGUAACUCAGGAAGAAAAGAUUCUAAACAGAAUGACAGCAAGCCCAGUAAAGGAUAUUUCAAUGAAUUCAUCAAAAGAAUUUUUAAAAGUUCUUCAAGCGAAGAAAACCAAAACGGCAACUCUGGAAGAAGUGAUUCUCAAGAAAAAGUCAGCAAAACAGAUAAAGGAUUCUUAAAUGAAAUAAUCAACAAGGUUUAUAAAGACUUUUCAAGCGAGGAAGCCGAUUUACCCACAAUCUUCCAGUCUGGUAAAGAUGUCGAUAGCUCAGAGCUACUAAAGGUCGUUGGUUAUGGAAUAUGUUCAACACAGCAAAUGGCCAGUGAAAUUGAGUGUAACGUAAGAUCAGACUUGAGCAUCAAGAAUAAAAAUUCAGUAUCACAGUGUAACAGGGACACUGCUAUUGCUUGCCUACUGGCCAGACAGGAAGGAAUUGAUGCACCAGUAUGUGACUAUUAUAGUAUUAGGGUACUAUGCUGUUCUAAAGUCUGUGGUGAAACAAGAGUUUAUACCGAAUCUACAAGUGAAACACCAACCACCUCUAUCUCAACUAAAACAUCUACACCACCAUAUUAUCAUUCUACAACUAUAAGUGAGAAAACAACCAGCCCCAUUUCAACUAUAAGCACAACCAAGACAACCCCAACAUCAACCUCUCAUUCUACUACACCAACAAGCCAAACCACAACCACUUUACCAUCAACCUCAAUAAGGUCAACCCCCACAUCUACCUCUGUUUCUACACCAACCACCUCUAUCUCAACUAAAACAUCUACACCACCAUAUUAUGAUUCUACAACUACAAGUGAGAGAACAACCAGCCCCAUUUCAACUAUAAGCACAACCAAGACAACCCCAAUAUCAACCUCUUAUUCUACUACACCAACAAGCCAAACCACAACCACUUCACCAUCAACCUCAAUAAGGUCAACCCCCACAUCUACCUCUGUUUCUACACCAACCACCUCUAUCUCAACUAAAACAUCUACACCACCAUAUUAUGAUUCUACAACUACAAGUGAGAGAACAACCAGCCCCAUUUCAACUAUAAGCACAACCAAGACAACCCCAAUAUCAACCUCUUAUUCUACUACAACAACAAGCAAAACCACAACUACUUCACCAUCAACCUCAACGAGGUCAACCCCCACAUCUACCCCUGUUUCUACAAGUAGGAGUACAAGUGGAACGACAGUUUCAUCAACACCGCCCACUCAUUCAUCAACCAGUGUUUCAACUACUUCUUCAACAACUUGUCCAUACGCAUAUUCCAUGAAAUGCUAUUGGUCAUCAUUUAUGGAAGGUAACGAUACACCAACAAAGUCUGUUAAAGAAGGAGAAAGUUUAUCAGGAAGUGAUUCCAGUGAAGAGCCUCGUCAACCCUCUAAGGGCUCCCCCAAUAAAAAAGAUAGCACCUCUGCAAAGGGUUCUAAGGAAAAAGUUACACCUCCCAAUAAAGGAUACUUCAAUGAAGUGCUGAAAAAGCUUUUCAAGGGCUCCUCAAGUGAAGAAGACCAUAGCCGUAACUCAGGAAGAAAAGAUUCUAAACAGAAUGACAGCAAGCCCAGUAAAGGAUAUUUCAAUGAAUUCAUCAAAAGAAUUUUCAAAAGUUCUUCAAGCGAAGAAAACCAAAACGGUAACUCUGGAAGAAGUGAUUCUCAAGAAAAAGUCAGCAAAACAGAUAAAGGAUUCUUAAAUGAAAUAAUAAACAAGGUUUUUAAAGACUUUUCAAGCGAGGAAGCCGAUUUACCCACAAUCUUCCAGUCUGGUAAAGAUGUUGAUAGCUCAGAGCUACUAAAGGUCGUUGGUUAUGGAAUAUGUUCAACACAGCAAAUGGCCAGUGAAAUUGAGUGUAACGUAAGAUCAGACUUGAGCAUCAAGAAGAAAAAUUCAGUAUCACAGUGUAACAGGGACACUGCUAUUGCUUGCCUACUGGCCAGACAGGAAGGAAUCGAUGCACCAGUAUGUGACUAUUAUAGUAUUAGGGUACUAUGCUGUUCUAAAGUCUGUGGUGAAACAACAGCACUUACCGAAUCUACAAGUGAAACACCAACCACCUCUAUCUCAACUAAAACAUCUACAUCACCAUAUUAUCAUUCUACAACUAUAAGUGAGAAAACAACCAGCCCCAUUUCAACUAUAAGCACAACCAAGACAACCCCAACAUCAACCUCUCAUUCUACUACACCAACAAGCCAAACCACAACCACUUCACCAUCAACCUCAAUAAGGUCAACCCCCACAUCUACCUCUGUUUCUACACCAACCACCUCUAUCUCAACUAAAACAUCUACACCACCAUAUUAUGAUUCUACAACUUCAAGUGAGAGAACAACCAGCCCCAUUUCAACUAUAAGCACAACCAAGACAACCCCAAUAUCAACCUCUUAUUCUACUACAACAACAAGCAAAACCACAACUACUUCACCAUCAACCUCAACGAGGUCAACCCCCACAUCUACCCCUGUUUCUACAAGUAGGAGUACAAGUGGAACGACAGUUUCAUCAACACCGCCCACUCAUUCAUCAACCAGUGUUUCAACUACUUCUUCAACAACUUGUCCAUACACAUAUUCCAUGAAAUGCUAUUGGUCAUCAUUUAUGGAAGGUAACGAUACACCAACAAAGUCUGUUAAAGAAGGAGAAAGUUUAUCAGGAAGUGAUUCCAGUGAAGAGCCUCGUCAACCCUCUAAGGGCUCCCCCAAUAAAAAAGAUAGCAGCUCUGCAAAGGGUUCUAAGGAAAAAGUUACACCUCCCAAUAAAGGAUACUUCAAUGAAGUGCUGAAAAAGCUUUUCAAGGGCUCCUCAAGUGAAGAAGACCAAAGCCGUAACUCAGGAAGAAAAGAUUCUAAACAGAAUGACAGCAAGCCCAGUAAAGGAUAUUUCAAUGAAUUCAUCAAAAGAAUUUUUAAAAGUUCUUCAAGCGAAGAAAACCAAAACGGCAACUCUGGAAGAAGUGAUUCUCAAGAAAAAGUCAGCAAAACAGAUAAAGGAUUCUUAAAUGAAAUAAUCAACAAGGUUUUUAAAGACUUUUCAAGCGAGGAAGCCGAUUUACCCACAAUCUUCCAGUCUGGUAAAGAUGUCGAUAGCUCAGAGCUACUAAAGGUCGUUGGUUAUGGAAUAUGUUCAACACAGCAAAUGGCCAGUGAAAUUGAGUGUAACGUAAGAUCAGACUUGAGCAUCAAGAAUAAAAAUUCAGUAUCACAGUGUAACAGGGACACUGCUAUUGCUUGCCUACUGGCCAGACAGGAAGGAAUUGAUGCACCAGUAUGUGACUAUUAUAGUAUUAGGGUACUAUGCUGUUCUAAAGUCUGUGGUGAAACAAGAGUUUAUACCGAAUCUACAAGUGAAACACCAACCACCUCUAUCUCAACUAAAACAUCUACACCACCAUAUUAUCAUUCUACAACUAUAAGUGAGAAAACAACCAGCCCCAUUUCAACUAUAAGCACAACCAAGACAACCCCAACAUCAACCUCUCAUUCUACUACACCAACAAGCCAAACCACAACCACUUCACCAUCAACCUCAAUAAGGUCAACCCCCACAUCUACCUCUGUUUCUACACCAACCACCUCUAUCUCAACUAAAACAUCUACACCACCAUAUUAUGAUUCUACAACUACAAGUGAGAGAACAACCAGCCCCAUUUCAACUAUAAGCACAACCAAGACAACCCCAAUAUCAACCUCUUAUUCUACUACACCAACAAGCCAAACCACAACCACUUCACCAUCAACCUCAAUAAGGUCAACCCCCACAUCUACCUCUGUUUCUACACCAACCACCUCUAUCUCAACUAAAACAUCUACACCACCAUAUUAUGAUUCUACAACUACAAGUGAGAGAACAACCAGCCCCAUUUCAACUAUAAGCACAACCAAGACAACCCCAAUAUCAACCUCUUAUUCUACUACAACAACAAGCAAAACCACAACUACUUCACCAUCAACCUCAACGAGGUCAACCCCCACAUCUACCCCUGUUUCUACAAGUAGGAGUACAAGUGGAACGACAGUUUCAUCAACACCGCCCACUCAUUCAUCAACCAGUGUUUCAACUACUUCUUCAACAACUUGUCCAUACGCAUAUUCCAUGAAAUGCUAUUGGUCAUCAUUUAUGGAAGGUAACGAUACACCAACAAAGUCUGUUAAAGAAGGAGAAAGUUUAUCAGGAAGUGAUUCCAGUGAAGAGCCUCGUCAACCCUCUAAGGGCUCCCCCAAUAAAAAAGAUAGCACCUCUGCAAAGGGUUCUAAGGAAAAAGUUACACCUCCCAAUAAAGGAUACUUCAAUGAAGUGCUGAAAAAGCUUUUCAAGGGCUCCUCAAGUGAAGAAGACCAUAGCCGUAACUCAGGAAGAAAAGAUUCUAAACAGAAUGACAGCAAGCCCAGUAAAGGAUAUUUCAAUGAAUUCAUCAAAAGAAUUUUCAAAAGUUCUUCAAGCGAAGAAAACCAAAACGGUAACUCUGGAAGAAGUGAUUCUCAAGAAAAAGUCAGCAAAACAGAUAAAGGAUUCUUAAAUGAAAUAAUAAACAAGGUUUUUAAAGACUUUUCAAGCGAGGAAGCCGAUUUACCCACAAUCUUCCAGUCUGGUAAAGAUGUUGAUAGCUCAGAGCUACUAAAGGUCGUUGGUUAUGGAAUAUGUUCAACACAGCAAAUGGCCAGUGAAAUUGAGUGUAACGUAAGAUCAGACUUGAGCAUCAAGAAGAAAAAUUCAGUAUCACAGUGUAACAGGGACACUGCUAUUGCUUGCCUACUGGCCAGACAGGAAGGAAUCGAUGCACCAGUAUGUGACUAUUAUAGUAUAAGGGUACUAUGCUGUUCUAAAGUCUGUGGUGAAACAACAGCACUUACCGAAUCUACAAGUGAAACACCAACCACCUCUAUCUCAACUAAAACAUCUACAUCACCAUAUUAUCAUUCUACAACUAUAAGUGAGAAAACAACCAGCCCCAUUUCAACUAUAAGCACAACCAAGACAACCCCAAUAUCAACCUCUUAUUCUACUACAACAACAAGCAAAACCACAACUACUUCACCAUCAACCUCAACGAGGUCAACCCCCACAUCUACCCCUGUUUCUACAAGUAGGAGUACAAGUGGAACGACAGUUUCAUCAACACCGCCCACUCAUUCAUCAACCAGUGUUUCAACUACUUCUUCAACAACUUGUCCAUACGCAUAUUCCAUGAAAUGCUAUUGGUCAUCAUUUAUGGAAGGUAACGAUACACCAACAAAGUCUGUUAAAGAAGGAGAAAGUUUAUCAGGAUACUUCAAUGAAGUGCUGAAAAAGCUUUUCAAGGGCUCCUCAAGUGAAGAAGACCAAAGCCGUAACUCAGGAAGAAAAGAUUCUAAACAGAAUGACAGCAAGCCCAGUAAAGGAUAUUUCAAUGAAUUCAUCAAAAGAAUUUUUAAAAGUUCUUCAAGCGAAGAAAACCAAAACGGCAACUCUGGAAGAAGUGAUUCUCAAGAAAAAGUCAGCAAAACAGAUAAAGGAUUCUUAAAUGAAAUAAUCAACAAGGUUUUUAAAGACUUUUCAAGCGAGGAAGCCGAUUUACCCACAAUCUUCCAGUCUGGUAAAGAUGUCGAUAGCUCAGAGCUACUAAAGGUCGUUGGUUAUGGAAUAUGUUCAACACAGCAAAUGGCCAGUGAAAUUGAGUGUAACGUAAGAUCAGACUUGAGCAUCAAGAAUAAAAAUUCAGUAUCACAGUGUAACAGGGACACUGCUAUUGCUUGCCUACUGGCCAGACAGGAAGGAAUUGAUGCACCAGUAUGUGACUAUUAUAGUAUUAGGGUACUAUGCUGUUCUAAAGUCUGUGGUGAAACAAGAGUUUAUACCGAAUCUACAAGUGAAACACCAACCACCUCUAUCUCAACUAAAACAUCUACACCACCAUAUUAUCAUUCUACAACUAUAAGUGAGAAAACAACCAGCCCCAUUUCAACUAUAAGCACAACCAAGACAACCCCAACAUCAACCUCUCAUUCUACUACACCAACAAGCCAAACCACAACCACUUCACCAUCAACCUCAAUAAGGUCAACCCCCACAUCUACCUCUGUUUCUACACCAACCACCUCUAUCUCAACUAAAACAUCUACACCACCAUAUUAUGAUUCUACAACUACAAGUGAGAGAACAACCAGCCCCAUUUCAACUAUAAGCACAGCCAAGACAACCCCAAUAUCAACCUCUUAUUCUACUACACCAACAAGCCAAACCACAACCACUUCACCAUCAACCUCAAUAAGGUCAACCCCCACAUCUACCUCUGUUUCUACACCAACCACCUCUAUCUCAACUAAAACAUCUACACCACCAUAUUAUGAUUCUACAACUACAAGUGAGAGAACAACCAGCCCCAUUUCAACUAUAAGCACAACCAAGACAACCCCAAUAUCAACCUCUUAUUCUACUACAACAACAAGCAAAACCACAACUACUUCACCAUCAACCUCAACGAGGUCAACCCCCACAUCUACCCCUGUUUCUACAAGUAGGAGUACAAGUGGAACGACAGUUUCAUCAACACCGCCCACUCAUUCAUCAACCAGUGUUUCAACUACUUCUUCAACAACUUGUCCAUACGCAUAUUCCAUGAAAUGCUAUUGGUCAUCAUUUAUGGAAGGUAACGAUACACCAACAAAGUCUGUUAAAGAAGGAGAAAGUUUAUCAGGAAGUGAUUCCAGUGAAGAGCCUCGUCAACCCUCUAAGGGCUCCCCCAAUAAAAAAGAUAGCACCUCUGCAAAGGGUUCUAAGGAAAAAGUUACACCUCCCAAUAAAGGAUACUUCAAUGAAGUGCUGAAAAAGCUUUUCAAGGGCUCCUCAAGUGAAGAAGACCAUAGCCGUAACUCAGGAAGAAAAGAUUCUAAACAGAAUGACAGCAAGCCCAGUAAAGGAUAUUUCAAUGAAUUCAUCAAAAGAAUUUUCAAAAGUUCUUCAAGCGAAGAAAACCAAAACGGUAACUCUGGAAGAAGUGAUUCUCAAGAAAAAGUCAGCAAAACAGAUAAAGGAUUCUUAAAUGAAAUAAUAAACAAGGUUUUUAAAGACUUUUCAAGCGAGGAAGCCGAUUUACCCACAAUCUUCCAGUCUGGUAAAGAUGUUGAUAGCUCAGAGCUACUAAAGGUCGUUGGUUAUGGAAUAUGUUCAACACAGCAAAUGGCCAGUGAAAUUGAGUGUAACGUAAGAUCAGACUUGAGCAUCAAGAAGAAAAAUUCAGUAUCACAGUGUAACAGGGACACUGCUAUUGCUUGCCUACUGGCCAGACAGGAAGGAAUCGAUGCACCAGUAUGUGACUAUUAUAGUAUAAGGGUACUAUGCUGUUCUAAAGUCUGUGGUGAAACAACAGCACUUACCGAAUCUACAAGUGAAACACCAACCACCUCUAUCUCAACUAAAACAUCUACAUCACCAUAUUAUCAUUCUACAACUAUAAGUGAGAAAACAACCAGCCCCAUUUCAACUAUAAGCACAACCAAGACAACCCCAACAUCAACCUCUCAUUCUACUACACCAACAAGCCAAACCACAACCACUUCACUAUCAACCUCAAUAAGGUCAACCCCCACAUCUACCUCUGUUUCUACACCAACCACCUCUAUCUCAACUAAAACAUCUACACCACCAUAUUAUGAUUCUACAACUACAAGUGAGAGAACAACCAGCCCCAUUUCAACUAUAAGCACAACCAAGACAACCCCAAUAUCAACCUCUUAUUCUACUACAACAACAAGCAAAACCACAACUACUUCACCAUCAACCUCAACGAGGUCAACCCCCACAUCUACCCCUGUUUCUACAAGUAGGAGUACAAGUGGAACGACAGUUUCAUCAACACCGCCCACUCAUUCAUCAACCAGUGUUUCAACUACUUCUUCAACAACUUGUCCAUACGCAUAUUCCAUGAAAUGCUAUUGGUCAUCAUUUAUGGAAGGUAACGAUACACCAACAAAGUCUGUUAAAGAAGGAGAAAGUUUAUCAGGAAGUGAUUCCAGUGAAGAGCCUCGUCAACCCUCUAAGGGCUCCCCCAAUAAAAAAGAUAGCACCUCUGCAAAGGGUUCUAAGGAAAAAGUUACACCUCCCAAUAAAGGAUACUUCAAUGAAGUGCUGAAAAAGCUUUUCAAGGGCUCCUCAAGUGAAGAAGACCAUAGCCGUAACUCAGGAAGAAAAGAUUCUAAACAGAAUGACAGCAAGCCCAGUAAAGGAUAUUUCAAUGAAUUCAUCAAAAGAAUUUUCAAAAGUUCUUCAAGCGAAGAAAACCAAAACGGUAACUCUGGAAGAAGUGAUUCUCAAGAAAAAGUCAGCAAAACAGAUAAAGGAUUCUUAAAUGAAAUAAUAAACAAGGUUUUUAAAGACUUUUCAAGCGAGGAAGCCGAUUUACCCACAAUCUUCCAGUCUGGUAAAGAUGUUGAUAGCUCAGAGCUACUAAAGGUCGUUGGUUAUGGAAUAUGUUCAACACAGCAAAUGGCUAGUGAAAUUGAGUGUAACGUAAGAUCAGACUUGAGCAUCAAGAAGAAAAAUUCAGUAUCACAGUGUAACAGGGACACUGCUAUUGCUUGCCUACUGGCCAGACAGGAAGGAAUUGAUGCACCAGUAUGUGACUAUUAUAGUAUUAGGGUACUAUGCUGUUCCAAAGUCUGUGGUGAAACAACAGCACUUACCGAAUCUACAAGUGAAACACCAACCACCUCUAUCUCAACUAAAACAUCUACACCACCAUAUUAUCAUUCUACAACUAUAAUUGAGAAAACAACCAGCCCCAUUUCAACUAUAAGCACAACCAAGACAAACCCAACAUCAACCUCUCAUUCUACUACACCAACAAGCCAAACCACAACCACUUCACCAUCAACCUCAAUAAGGUCAACCCCCACAUCCACCUUUGUUUCUUUUACAUCCACAAGCAGUACAGCCACCUCUAGUUCAACCACAUCAACAUUAAGCACAACUAAGACAAUCCCAACAUCAUCUUCUUAUUUAACUAUUUCAACAAGUGGAACUAUGACUACUACAAAAUCAACCUUCUCAUCAUCACCAUCCUCAUCACCUCCUACAAGUUCAACAUCUCAAUCUACAACAUUAACAACUGUUACAUCUCAUACCCCUUAUACGUUUACUUCUACUUCUGGAACAACAACUUCACCAACAUCUACUUCAUCUUUUACUACAUCAUCAGUGUCAUCUACUUCUUAUACUACUCCUUUAUCUACAAGUGUUUUAUCUUCUAGUAGCACAAAGAUUACAUCAGGAACAAGCACAAUCUAUUCUCAGACGUCGCCAACAUCCACAUCAAUCUCAACAAUGAGCACACCACCAAUUUGUUUCUGUCAAGUAAAUAACUCACUUUUCUCACCUGGUGAGACCAUCUAUAAAAUAGCUGAUAAGAGUGGUUGUGAAUACUCUGCAAAAUGUAGCAGGGGCUGCCAACUGGAAAGAUUUGGUGCGGAUUGCCCCACAACAACAACUAGUGGAUCAACAACACCUAUUGGAUCAACAACACCUGGUGGACCAACAACACCUGGCACAACAGGAUCAAAGUUCACAACUCCUACAUCAACUUCAACAUCUACAACCCCUAUAUCUUCAACAACAUACUCUGUUAAAUCAACAUCCGUGACUACAUCAACUCUAUCAAGUUCAUCACCAUUUAUAUCGACAUCUACCAACGUGUCAUCCACAACUGGAUCAACCGCUGUAUCAUUAACAACCUUAUUCAGUUCUACAGCACCCUCAACUGCUAACACUUGUGGUGAAUGCGUAUGUCUAAUGCCAAAAUGUGGAUCUGGCUACAAAGUCGUUUCUUUCCUGCCACCUGGUGCCUGUUGUGUUAAUAUUACAUGUGCAAAUUCCCAGGUUUCUCUUCUGCCAUCCAAGAUGACCACAAUGCUUCUUAGACUACCUAAUGCAUCAGAUGUUCAUUUGGUACCCCAAGACUUCCUAUUUGUCCAGCUCUGCUUUUGGAUUGGCCAGCACUUGAACAAUGUUGGCCAAUCCAAGGGCAGCAGCAAGUAUCUUGCUCUACCAAGUGCACAGUAUGAAUCUGAAAGUCCUGAUAAAUGGUGUGAGGAAAACAGCUUACAAAGCCAUUGGAAAGACAUAUUAAGCAACAAGCAACAAAAGUUUGCCUCAAAGAACAUCAUAACAUUUACUUCAACUGUUUCAAAAAUGUCUAGAAAAGGGACAUGGCUAAGAGGAUUUGGCUAUGAGUACAAAAUGAAGAGUGGACAGUGUUGUGGAGAAUGUGUGGCAAAACAAUGUGCUAUGAAGGACGAUAACAGCACUGAUGUUUACAUUGAGAGCAAUAUAUCUUACCACUCUGAAGUAUGGCAGCUCAUAGCUGGUGUUGCUCAAGUUGGGGAGAAGUACCGUAAUGCAAAUAGUAAAUGCAGCUACUACGAAUGUAAUGAAGAAAAUGGUCAGCCCGUCCUUACCAGAGUGAAGAAGGUUUGCCAGGAGUUAGACAUCAGCAGAUGUGACCUGAACUCAAUAACAUAUGAUGAAGAUGGUUGCUGUAGAACAUGUCAACCUCGGCAAGAUAAUGUCUUAACUACAGCUAUUCCAGGAUCAGACUUAAGCACUCUUCCUCCAGGAUCAGACUUAAGCACAGUUCCUCCAGAAUCAGGUUCAAGCACAGUUCCUCCAGGAUCAGGUUCAAGCACAGUUCCUCCAGGAUCAGACUUAAGCACUCUUCCUCCAGGAUCAGACUUAAGCACUCUUCCUCCAGGAUCAGACUUAAGCACUCUUCCUCCAGGAUCAGACUUAAGCACUCUUCCUCCAGGAUCAGGUUUGAGCACUCUUCCUCCAGGAUCAGGUUCAAGCACAGUUCCUCCAGGAUCAGGUUCAAGCACAGUUCCUCCAGGAUCAGACUUAAGCACUCUUUCUCCAGGAUCAGACUUAAGCACUCUUCCUCCAGGAUCAGACUUAAGCACUCUUCCUCCAGGAUCAGACUUAAGCACUCUUCCUCCAGGAUCAGGUUUGAGCACUCUUCCUCCAGGAUCAGGUUCAAGCACAGUUCCUCCAGAAUCAGGUUCAAGCACAGUUCCUCCAGGAUCAAAUGUUACUAGCACUACUCAAGGAGCAUCAGUCACCAAAUCAUCAAGGGUUCCAGAAGACUGUGGUGUUCGUACAAAUAUUACUGUCCUGCAAGAAGAUGACUGUGUGGCAACAGUAGAGCUCACAUUCUGUGGAGGCCCCUGCAUGGGAACUUCUGUGUUCUCUAUGGCUACCAAGAGCAUGAUGCACACAUGUUCAUGCUGCUCAGAACUUGAAGUAGGCAAGAAGAGUGUCCAGCUUCUUUGCGCUAAUGGAACACGCAGAGUCUACACUUACACAGAUGUUCUCCGAUGCGGUUGUGUUAGUGCCUUCUGUACACCUGACAACAAAUUUAAUGUACUAAAUAAAUACUCUAAAAGAAGCCAGGCUAUCCCAGGCAGCAACAGUAAUGAAUCUUAG